GGAUCUCGCAUCAUCGAGCUAAGACCCCCCUCUCAUUUCCUCCAAACUCGCGAUGCCAUCAGAAAAUAGAGGCCCAAGAUCAAACGUCCGUCGCUCCUCAAAGCCAAACUCAUGCUCGCCAUCCAUCCCCAACUCAACCCCAGUCCACCACCAAUCCCCACCCGCCACCGAAAAUAUACCCCGAGAAACUCUCGUAGCAGCUCCUCCUCCUCCUCCUCCUCCUCCUCUUAUUUGUCGAGCGAGCCAAUACAAAAAGAAGGAAAAGGGCGAAUUUGUAAUCUUGAAAGAGAGAGAAGAGGGAGGUCGAUCUCGACGAAGGAGAGGAUGCUGAUGCUACAGUGUCUUUUCGCUGGGAUCGUCGCCUCCCUCUUAGGGUUUCUCCUCCUCUCCAAGAAGAAGAAGCAGGAGAAGGGGAGUCCAAGAAAUGGGGGGUCUUUGGAGCAGGUGAGAGGGCAAUGCGGUGGGCCUGACGUCAUCAUCGUCGGCGCUGGCGUCGCCGGGGCCGCGCUUGCUUACACGCUUGGAAAGGAUGGGCGCCAAGUACAUGUUAUUGAGAGGGAUUUGAGAGAGCCUGACAGAAUCGUUGGAGAGCUUUUACAACCAGGGGGCUAUAUGAAAUUGAUUGAACUAGGCAUUGCAGAUUGUGUGGAAAAAAUUGAUGCUCAGCGCAUCCUUGGAUAUGCACUCUUUAAAGAUGGAAAGGAUGCUAAACUCACUUAUCCCUUGGAGAAAUAUCAUUCAGAUAUUGCUGGGAGAAGUUUCCAUAAUGGAAAGUUUAUACAAAGGAUGCGAGAGAAAGCUGCUACUAUCUCCAAUGUUAGGUUGGAGCAGGGAACUGUAACAACUUUACUUGAAGAUAAUGGCGUUGUCAAAGGGGUAUCAUACAAGAACGAAGCUGGUGAAUUAAGAAAAACUUACGCACCGCUUACAAUCGUAUGCGAUGGUUGCUUUUCAAAUCUGCGUCGUUCUCUUUGCACGCCGAAGGUGGAUGUGCCGUCCUGUUUUGUUGCAUUGAUAUUGGAGAACUGUCAGCUGCCAUAUGCAAACCAUGGGCAUGUUGUCUUGGCAAAUCCAUCGCCAAUUCUCUUUUACCCUAUAAGCAGCGCAGAAGUUCGCUGCUUGGUUGAUGUGCCCGGAAACAAGCUACCUUCUAUCACUAAUGGGGAGAUGGCAAAAUAUCUGAAGACUGUGGUGGCACCACAGCUUCCGAGUCAGUUGUAUGAUGCCUUCAUAUUAAGCGUUGAUAGAGGAAACAUAAAAAGUAUGCCAAAUAGGAGCAUGCCAGCUUCUCCUCAACCCACACCAGGAGCCCUUUUAUUGGGAGAUUCAUUUAACAUGCGCCAUCCAUUAACUGGUGGAGGAAUGACAGUGGCACUGUCUGAUAUUGUUCUUCUCCGCGAUCUUAUUAACCCUCUGCAUGAUCUACAUGAUGCUGCUGCUGUGUGCAAGUACUUGGAAUCCUUCUACACUUUGCGCAAGCCCGUUUCAUCUACAAUUAACACAUUAGCAGGAGCAUUGUAUCAAGUUUUCAGUGCAUCUUCUGAUCAGGCCAGGAUUGAAAUGCGUGAAGCUUGUUUUGAUUACCUGAGCCUAGGAGGUGUGUUUUCAAAUGGGCCUGUGUCACUACUCUCAGGCCUUAACCCUCGUCCAUUGAGCUUGGUUGCCCAUUUCUUCGCUGUUGCUUUAUAUGGCGUUGGUCGUCUACUGUUGCCGUUUCCUUCAUUUAAGCAAUUAUGGCUUGGACUUAGGUUGAUUUCAGUUGCAUCAUCAAUCAUUCUCCCCAUAAUAAGAGCUGAAGGGGUUCGGCAGAUGUUCUUCCCUGCAACUGUUCCUGCUUAUUAUAGAUCUCCACCUACCCAUAUGAACUCUUAACAGUAUUGAACAGUUUGGUGGUGGUAUUUUUGACAGGUUAUAUCUCAAAUGUACAUAGUAGAUUAGAGCAAAAGUUCUUUGUUGUUUCAUGACAGAUUAAAAGAAGAGAUUGGGUAAGGUAUUGUUUGGAAUA